GUCUGGCUGCUGUCCUGUUAUCGGUCUGGGUGUGGUCUUGCAGUCAGGGGUACCGUUAGCAGGAAAUCAAGCUCCAGUCCAUUUCACUUUAAGCCGAAACAAAGAAAAUAAUAUUCUCACCGCGCUUAGGGUUGAAAAUAGUUCUUCGUAAUCAAGCUAAAAGUCACGUUUGUGUCCUCGAGACGGGAAGGCGUUUGAUUGGCGCCGUUGUUCUGAUGGGAAAAAAAGUUUUCUGCUGGUCUCGCUAACAUAGUCGUCUGAUUUAAUAACUUUUUUUUUUUUUCUAAAACCUUAACCGGACGUUAAAGAAAGGAAAGAUGCCGAAGACGAUUAGUGUCAGAGUCACUACAAUGGAUGCUGAACUGGAGUUCGCCAUUCAGCCAAAUACAACAGGAAAGCAACUCUUUGACCAGGUUGUUAAGACCAUUGGGCUGCGAGAGGUUUGGUACUUUGGACUCCAAUACCAGGAUACCAAGGGUUUCUCUACAUGGCUCAAGCUCAACAAGAAGGUGACAGCCCAGGAUGUGAGGAAGGAAAGCCCGCUGCUGUUUAAGUUCCGUGCCAAGUUCUUCCCCGAGGAUGUGACUGAGGAGUUAAUCCAGGACGCCACACAGCGGCUGUUCUUCCUGCAGGUGAAGGAGGGAAUCUUAAAUGACGACAUCUACUGCCCUCCAGAGACAGCAGUCCUCCUGGCCUCCUACGCAGUGCAGGCCAAGUAUGCUGACUACAACAAGGAAGUCCACACACCAGGCUAUCUGUCCAGUGAACAGCUGCUCCCUCAGAGAGUUCUGGACCAGCACAAACUCAACAAGGAACAGUGGGAGGAGAGGAUUCAAGUGUGGCAUGAAGAACAUAAGAGCAUGAUGAGAGAAGAGUCCAUGAUGGAGUAUCUGAAGAUCGCUCAAGAUCUGGAGAUGUACGGAGUCAACUACUUCAGCAUCAAGAAUAAGAAAGGAACAGAACUGUGGUUGGGAGUGGACGCUUUGGGGCUCAACAUUUAUGAACAGAAUGACAAAAUGACGCCCAAAAUUGGAUUUCCUUGGAGUGAAAUCAGGAACAUUUCCUUCAACGACAAGAAGUUUGUCAUUAAACCAAUCGACAAGAAAGCACCUGACUUUGUAUUCUAUGCUCCGAGACUGCGCAUCAACAAGCGCAUUCUGGCUCUUUGCAUGGGCAACCAUGAGCUGUAUAUGCGCCGCAGAAAACCGGACACCAUAGAAGUGCAGCAGAUGAAGGCUCAGGCUCGGGAAGAGAAGAAUCACAAGAAGAUGGAGAGAGCUCUGCUGGAGAACGAAAAGAGGAAAAGAGAAGUUGCAGAAAAAGAAAAGGAAAAGAUUGAGAAGGAAAAGGAGGAAUUGAUGGAUAGAUUAAAGCAGAUCGAGGAGCAGACGAAAAAAGCCCAACAAGAGUUGGAGGAGCAAACACAGAGGGCUCUGGAGUUGGAGCUGGAGAGGAAGUCCGCUAUGGAGGAGGCUGAACGUCUGGAGAAUGAGCUGAAGGGUGCUGAGGACGCCAAGGUGGCACUGCUGCAACAGUCACAGAGCCAGAUGAAGAACCAAGAACACCUGGCGACAGAGUUGGCUGAUCUGACUUCGAAGAUUUCCCUCCUGGAGGAUGCCAAGAAAAAGAAGGAAGAUGAGGCCAUGCAGUGGCAACAGAAGGCCACCACGGUGCAGGAGGACCUGGAGAAGACCAAAGAAGAGCUCAAAAACAAAGUGAUGGCAGCUCACAUCCAAGAGCCACUCAAUGCAGAGAACGAGCAGGAUGAUGAGAAUGACGAGAGCAACGCUGAGGCCAGUGCAGAGUUCACAGAUGCCGCCACGUACAAGGACCGCAGUGAAGAGGAGCGCAUGACCGAGGCUGAGAAGAACGAGCGUUUGCAGAAACAUCUACUCGCUUUAAGCUCAGAGUUGGCCAACGCUCGGGACGAGAGCAAGAAAACAGUGAAUGACAUCAUCCAUGCAGAGAACAUGCGAGCAGGACGAGACAAGUACAAGACCCUCAGACAGAUCCGGUCAGGAAACACCAAACAGCGCAUUGACGAGUUUGAGUGCAUGUGAUGUCUGCAUGCACCAAUGCAAAAGCCCGCACAGCUGGGCCUUUCUGCCUGGACUGCAGUCCUGCCUCACACAAGCUGUUUCCUCUGUACCCAAAUAAAUCAGAUCCACAUUGUGACAUGGUUGCACAAGCACAGCAUAAUUUACAAAUAUGGAUCUGGGAACCUCCAUUUGUUAUCAUUCCUAACUUUGAAUUUAGGCAAGUCACUGGUUGAAAAGGGACAUACUGUAUUUUAUUAGUACAUUCCUCACAAGGGGUUCAUGUAGCAUAUUAGUAACGGGCUCAUGCCUCAUUUCAUGACACAUUGAGUAAGCAUUUUUAAUUUCUUUAUAUAUUUCUGUCACGUUUUUGUAUCAUGAUUUCAAAAUAAAAGGCUCGGAGACCAAUCCAAAUCAAAUUCAGAUUGAAAACUGUGCCUGUAGAUAUAUUUCUGCUGUACGCAUGCAACGGUUCUUUGAAGCAAGCUGGAUUUUUCAAACAGUAAUAUUUCUCCCAUGAUCUGCUGCCCGUAGUUAAAAAACCAAACGCACUGUAAUCUGUCUAUGUGGAGCAUUAAUUUAGCAGUAUUAUUUUUUGGUAAAUUUACUUUAAAUUGACUUAUCAUUUGAGUGUAUUCUGAAUCUGCCUACUGUUACAAAUCAGUAUUUACACCCCACUCACAAGGUGAUAUUAAAGAUCAAUUUCAUUUAAGUAUUUUGUCUGUUUUUAUAUUUCUGAACACCUUCGAGUCGGUGCAACUGCAAGGCUUUUGUGUAAAUGUUGCUGUUAUUCAGUGUCAUCAUGUAUUCGAUUCAGUAUUCACUUUAUUAAACUGAUAAGACAUUUGAAGUUGAUUUUACUGUACCUUAAAGAGUUUUACCCUAGUUUUGUACCUCUGCUUUAUUUUUAAAUUCUGCUCAACAGUUUGUUUGAUAAUCAAAAUAAAAAAUGUUUUGCAUAUAGCCAGUACAGCAUUAGGAAUUACACUGUAGUUGUCACACGUCAGGUUGGCUUUUCUUGGUGGACAAAUGCCAAUAGAAUCAUCUGGAAGGAUAAAAAGUAUAGUUUAAUCUAACAUGCUCGGCCAUGUGUUUUCUUCACAGAUGAGAACUUUCUUUCCACAACAUCUUCAUAGAAUUUGAUGCAUAGAAUAAAAUAAUUUCAUUAAACAUGCACUGGAAAUAGUAGCUUUGCAAAAUGAGUCAAGACAGACUUAUUACUGUCCAAGGUGGGCACUAUUUCCAAUGCAUGCAUUUUUUGAUAUACUGUAUGUAUUUAAUUACAUUUGUGUAUUUUGUAAUUUGGAUUUUUCAGAAGUGAUAGAAUCAUGUAUGGUGGAAAACAGACACCACUGAGGAUAUUUUUGUAUUAUAAAAUCUAGAAGUACUUGUCAGUGGUAACAGUUUGUGAUUAGCAAGAACAGCACUUUGAAAACAGUAUUUUGUUGUAAACUAAUUGAACAGCUCACUGCUGUGAUAGAACGCUGAUGGAACAAGCAACACCCCAAAGCCUGUGAUAGGACCAAUGAAAAGCCAGAUGCUACAGGAAAAUCUGUUCAUGGUAUGUUAACGGCAGGCAAAAAUUCCAUGCAUAAAGGUUUUAAAUAUGGCCAAAACAUUUUGCAGAAAAAUGAACAUAACAUCCUUGUGCCAUUGUUCCAGAUUACAUUUUGCCAUUUGGACACGUGAAGGGUUUUAUUAGUUCUUGGAUAUUUAGAAAUGAGUGUUUCAAAGAUGUAUUUACGCUAUUUUGCAAGUAAAGGUAUUUUAGAUUUUUUGAAAUUUGAUUUUGAUUUCUCUUAUUGAAUGAGCGUUUGUCAUUUGUACCAAGAUGCAUUGUGAUAUACAGUAGUCUUGCCCAUUGCUGCGUAUAGUUGUUGUAUCUACCAUGAAAUGUAAAAAUGCGGUCAUUGCUAUUUUGGAUAACUUUCCAUGCCUUUGACAAUAACUUGUAUAAUGCUGCACUGUAUGUUCUACCUGAAGCGUCAUGUAUUGACAGCCUUCUUUUAACAAUCAAGUGUAUUUUGAACCCAAGUCAUAAUGUGUGCUACUCAAUAUUUUGUCUUGAAUCAAAAAGGGCUGAAACAUAAUAUUGUAAAUUGACAGACAGUGCCUUGCCCAGGUUUUUCAUCAGAUCUUGCUGCUUCAAGUCUUCUUUUCAGCAAUGAAUAAAAGUCAAAUUAAACUG